AUACAUGAACCGGCGGCCGCCACCGCCGGACUCGCCGCCGCCGCUCACGCCCGCCGCACUGGAUUUACCGCCCGCCGCGGCCUCGCGCCCCGGCCCCAUGCGGGGCAUCGGCACCAGCGGCUAGAAGGGGACCUGGAUGGCCGUGGCUGAAGGCGGCUGGUGCGCGGUGAAGCGGUGCGCUGCGGACGCCGGUGUUCCCUCCUGCCCCUUCGCCACCAGGGAGCCGCGCCCGUCUCCUCCUUCGCCCCCCUCCUCCUCGUCCUCCUCCGGCUCCCAGGGUGAACGCGGCUCCUCCAAGACUCCUCGGCCGGAGACCGACGACAGUCACCGGCCGGCCCCGCCGCCACCCCCCGCCGCCGAAGGCAGGUCUCUGCUCGCCCCCUACGUGCACUUCGGGGCCCCCCACCCCUCCGGCCGGCUCAGCUGGGAGGACAUUCUGCUCUUCGCGGACUUAGACCAAACCAACAAGCUGAUCUGGUCCAGCCGCGGCCCCAAGCUGAGCGCCCUCGGCGCCGAGCAACCCGAGGAGAUGUACCAGACCCUCGCCAUCUCGGCCGCCCAGGGCCCCACGCCUUACGACGGAUCUCCGGGAGGCUUCAUGCACUCCACACCCAGCUCACCCGUGUACGUGCCCACGACCCGCGUGGGCUCCAUGCUGCCCACGCUGCCGUACCUACAAGGCAGCGGGGCGGCUCAGCCCAGCCACCCCGGCGGCGGCCACGCAGUCUGGUCCCAACCAGCCGCGGAAAGCCCCUCGUACAGCACCGGCGGCGGCUCCCACCCCUCGGGCCGCUUCCCCUAUUCGCCCAGCCCGCCGGUGGCCAACGGGGCCUCCCGGGAGCCCGGUGCCUACAGCAACAGCCUGGGCGCCAGGGACCAGUACAGCCCCCUGGCCCGGCCGCUCAAUGGCUCCUACCCGGGGCCCUACACGUCCUACGUGGGGCCGCAGCUCACCCCCGCCUGGCCCACGGCGCCCUUCGAGAACUCCAUGCUGCACUGCCUCCAGGGCCGGGCCGCCCCCAUCCCCGUCCGGGCACCCAGCGCAGAGCUGCUGGAGGACCUGUCCGAGAGCCGGGAGUGCGUCAACUGCGGAUCCAUCCAGACCCCGCUGUGGAGGAGAGAUGGCACCGGCAACUACCUGUGCAACGCCUGCGGGCUCUACACCAAAAUGAACGGCCUCAGCCGACCCCUCAUCAAGCCUCAAAAGAGAGUGCCUUCGUCGCGGCGGCUGGGCUUGUCCUGUGCCAACUGCCACACCACGACCACCACCCUGUGGCGCAGGAAUGCGGAGGGUGAGCCCGUCUGCAACGCCUGCGGCCUCUACAUGAAGCUCCAUGGGGUUCCUCGACCUCUUGCUAUGAAAAAAGAAGGAAUUCAGACGAGGAAGCGAAAACCUAAGAACAUAAAUAAAUCAAAGGCAUGCUCUGGUAACAGUACUACUGCAGUUCCUAUGACUCCAACAUCCACAUCUUCUACUAACUCAGAUGACUGUAGCAAAACUGCUUCUCCCAGCGCACAGACUGCAGCCUCCGGGGCGAGCUCAUCAGUGAUGUCUGGCCCAGGAGAGAGCACCAGUCCUGAAAGCAGCAACCUUAAGUAUUCAGGUCAAGAUGGGCUAUACACAGGAGUCAGCCUGACCUCCACGGCUGAAGUGACAGCAUCUGUGAGACAGGAUCCCUGGUGUGCCCUGGCUCUGGCAUGACCUGAUGUGAGUGAAGCUGGAUCCUGGUGCUGCAUGGCAGUCCCCAGACGUCCACACACAGUUUCUCCUGUGGAGCGGUUGCAGCAGAAGCAAGAGUGCUGGCAAAGACCAUUCCUCUGAAAUAGUUUUUGAGCCUUGGUGGCAGAGGUGUUUUUCAACCUCUGAAAGAGGCUCUGCCAAAGCAUCCAGUUCCUCAUCUAUGCAAGAAAAAUAUAGGGAAAGCAAAUGACCACCGGAGGAUAGCUAAUGCAGCCUUACAAUCUCAAAAAAACCCUCAAAAGCCCCAAAACAAAUUAAAAAAAAAAAAAGAAAAAAAAAAGAAAAAGAAAAAAAAAAAGAACAUAUAGACCUAGACCUAUUGACGGAUUCCAGAAAUACAUCUUCAACUUACCCAGCAGCGCUGCCUUUCUGAUUGCAUAGUUGUUUUCACUCUCUCAUCGCCUUUUCCCCUAAGAAUUUGGUGGAAGCCAUCAUUGUCGGGGAGGAAGUAGCAAAGACUUUAAUUACCAGAGAUAGUGAGAUACUUUUUAAUGAGUGACAGAAGUGCGUGUGGCUUGAGUUGGCACAGACUUCUUGCACUGAACAUUUGAUAUCUUCGCCCUGUCAGACCUCUUCCCUCCUUUGCCCUCCGUCUUCAGUGUGCCUUGCUCUGCUCCUCAGAGCCCAGCUAUGCCCCUGGAAGAAAUCACAAUGUUUGGUACAAGUCCCACAAGGUCCAGCUGGUUAAGGAGAUUUUGGGGUUGGUUUUUUCCUGGUUUAAGAUAUUUACUCACUUUGCAAGACUACGAUAUAACUUUUAAAGUACACUGUGACUGAGAUUUAUGAAAGUUCAUAUUUUCUGGCUGAACUGUAUAGAGUCAGUCAAAAUUUGUAAACAGGGUAGCAAUCAGAUAUUUUUCUUCCAUAUAUACAAUAAUUUUUUUAAAGAAGUGCAAUUUGCGUUGCAGCAAUCAGUGUUAAAUCAUUUGCAUAAGAUUUAACAACGGUUUUUAUACGAAUGAAUGUAAACAUUUUAACUUAAUGGUACGUAAGUAAUUUAAAAGAAAAACUUAACUAGGCAUCCUUAGGCUUUUUAGCUCAACAAAAAUGCAUCCACUUUCUGUAUUUCCAGUUGUUAAAGCAAGAGUUUCAAAGAACAAGCCUUCUCUCAGGAAAAUUGCCCUAGCCAUUUGCUCAAAAGUGUUGUACAAAAAUGCAAAUGCAUCCCCAAGGCUUUUUUUGCCAUUGAGUAACUGUGUGCUGGAAAGAAACAAAUUGCAAUGAACCUUUACUACCUAACUGAUAUAUUUGUAAAUACUACAGAAGAUAUCUUGAAGGCAUCUUGAAAAUGUAGGAUGCAAUCUGUAUAGUGUGACUGACAUAUAGUUAGGUUGGUUUCCAUUGGUUUUUAAGUGGGAUGUCAUUUGGAAAGUUGUUUCAUCAGAGCUUUAAAAAUAAAAGGGUAUCAUUUUGGGAUUUUUUUUUUCUGUGCAGUGUGCCUUCUCCUUUUUCUCAGACACAAUUGUUAUGCUACAUUAAAAGCUAUGGAAAUGUACCUGAUACAGGCGGCAUGUCUGAUGGCUGCCCAAAGGUCUCCAGCUGAAGUGCCUGCUCUGCCUAUCUAAGUCUGCAUUGUGUGUGGCUUUUCUGCAGCUUCCCUCAAUAUACCCUCUGAUGAUAUGUAAAACUAGGGCCUUCACCUAUGAAUAUAGGCUUGACAUAGGCACACGUGAGAUUUUUCUGACGUCUGGGGAACUGGGCCCAUGCCCUGUGAGGACUAUCAUGGUUUUUCUUGGCCUUCACACCAUAGCUAAAGGGUCUACCCAGUGGUGAGCGGACAAAUACCAGAAUGUCACCCACUGCAGACACAACUGCUGAGUGGCAGAGCCUUUGCCUGCCUGCUGGCAUCCUCUGGUGACCAAAGGGGAAGGGCACCAAAAACUGAUGGCACUGCUGCUGAAAAGAGAAGACAGUGAAUUUUAGAUACUGAGGGAAGUGGAAAACCUUUUGCUGGCUCUGAGAACUGGUCCUCUUUCUUCAUUGCUCAGCUGACUGGAGCAAGACUUACUGCCAUGUAUGACAUUUCCAGCUAUGUCACCAGUACUGUUGGACUGGGAAGCCAGGAUGCCCAACCUCCAUACCCAGUGACCUGCAGAGUGGCUGCAAUGCAUCUUUUUGCCUCUCUGUGCCAGAUCUUUUUUUAGGUGAAUUUUGGUAGCUCCUUGGCCUGCAGUGAAGCUGUGCUGACUUGCAGCAGCCAAGAAUCUGCCCCUUGGUUUUCAAACCUCGCCAUUGAGGCUACCUCCUUACCCCAGGGGUAUUGUGAGGACCAUGGAAUGAAUGAUGCUGUACAGCCGCAGCAGGAAAACAGCAAAAAGGAGUCAGGCCAAGCCUUACCUAGGGUUUAAGUUGCUGUGGCCAGCCAGGAGUGGGGAUCACUCACCCUUCCUGGUGUGACCCUCGUGCCACACUUGGUACUGGGCUACCUCACAUCCUUGCUGCGUGUGGGUUGAUGUGGCCAGGUACCCCAGCCCUGCUAGCCCUGGGGCCUUGGAUCUUGUGAUUUACAAAAAUAAAUACCUAUCUAAGUGCAAGGUGAACCAUGUGGAGAAACACUGUGUUUAGAAAGCAACAGAUGUGGAGAAGAGGGUGAAUAUCCUUUGUUUUGAAGCGUUUAUUGACUAAAAUGCCCUUACUUGUGAUUUUCCAGUAAGCUGUUGCUAAGUGGUGUUGCAGAGUGUUCAGCCUUAGCUAGGGUCGGCAUCCUUUUUUAUUUCCCUUUUUCUUGCUGGGGUGAAAUUUGGUGUGCCAAUCCUGAAGAGCCUAGCACAUAACUCAUACUUGCUGGGUAUGUAAGAGCUGCAUUUCUGGGAGUUAUCAUAAAACAGGAGGUUUAGAGCAGCGUAUUCCAGUUUUGUGCUGCUGGUUGCUGAUGCUCUUGCUGGCAGCCUGUGGAAGGCCACAUUGCUUUGAAACCCUGUGGCACAAUUUAAGAGCACUCCUAAGAGGCCCUGCUCCCUUCUCAGCACCACCUUGACGCAGGGUCUAUCUUAGGGUGGUUCCUACAGGUAGUAAGUCUUGCAGGGGACAUAUGAGCCUUCCUCUUGGAUCUGACAAUGAAAAUGCUCUUUUAGGGGGAAAGAAACCAUAGAACCCCCCCCAUAUUUCCAAUUUUUUUUCCAUCAACAAAUCAAGAAUGGAAUACUUUGCCUCCUUGGACCAGAAGUAGUGCUAUCAGGUUUUCAACCCUUUGUAAGAGUAAAGGGGGAUGCAGUACCAUGUUGCCUUACUGUAUAGGUGCUGAGGAGCUCAAAGCCAGGUGCCUUGUUAUGAUUUUACAUAGAAAAAGAUUGUAAGAAGAGUACAUCCCUACUUACCAAAACUCCUCUCCAAGUGUACUGAUUGCUGGAGCUGCUACUCCUAGAUGAAAUAAAAGUUUCUUUUUUUCUUUUUUUUCUUUUUUUUUUUUUCAUUUUAGUCUUGCUGAGCUGGCAUAGCUCUCUGAGUGUGUGAGCUGGACUUUGCUGUGGCUCAUACAUCAUCAGUAUCACUGCUUUCCUCUCUUAUCCCCAUUUCUCUUCAGUGACAGCCCUGGGGUGGGCUGAGGAAGAACAAAGAAAGAGUUUGACCAUGAGUUUUGGGUACUAGUGAGGCUGAACAAGCCAGAUUGACCCCAGAGCAUCUCUUUAGUACUGUCAUGAAGCUUCAGAAUUGACAUUUGUGGGGAAAAAGAAGGCAUAUGGCUACUUGUCACUUUAGCACCUUUUCUCUGAAAACAGUAAAAAUUAAAUAGCCAGUGUCCCAAAGCAUCUGCUUUAGGGUCCCCCACCAAACAGUACUCAAAGGCUCAAAUUUGCUUGGGUGGCCCUCCAAAAUAAGACUGCUCCUGGCCACGUGUGUUACUCUGGCAUCCAAUAUUCCCUAGGUUCUAGAUUCUGUUUUAGUAGUCUUCCUGACACCCUCAAGCGUAGUUUUUUUUUUCCUGUUCAAAUUGCUUGAAAUAAGUUGAAAUCCCUACUGUUCAGAGUGGUAUUUUUCAGCAUGGCAUUGAGGGUGUAUACUGCUGUGGUUCGAGUGCUGUAGAGGUACUUGAGGGUGCAACAGCUGCUGGGUUUGGGUUGGUAAAGCAAAGAGAAGCAGCCUUGGAUGCUGCCCAAAGGGAGUAAUAGGUACCUGUCUGUUUCUAGAACUGCAAGUGGACUUUGUUUCAUGUGAAUGAUCAGCGGGCAAGGACCUGUGUGUGAAGUAAGGAACCAAAGUAGCUGAUUUCCUGUAUAGAACUUGAGUAAUAUAGUAUCUGUUCCUGCACAAAAAUAAUGUAACUUCUGCUUCUAUCUAAGAGAAGAAGGGAUUUAGGAGUAACACCCUGCCCUUGCUAUUGUGAGCCUUAGUUGAGCAUAGGCUGCAGAAACCCGAAAUGGAUUUCAACUCUUCUGUGUGCUCACAGCUCCAGAUCUUCCUUUAUCCAGCUGUCAUGAACUUCAUUCCUCACAGAUCCUCCAGUUCCUAAAUCUGUAUACACUGGACAUUCCAGGGUUGUGUCAAACACACUGAAUUCAGUAUUAAAAUAUAGGGCAAGGGUUAUUGCAGUGGGCCAGCGAGAAGGAAACUGAGGGCUUGAGGAGCAGUUUCAUGUGCCUUCUGCUCCACAUGUUGCAAAAGGCUUGAGGUCUUCACUGUGUAUUUGUAAUGUGUUUUGGAAACACUUCUUAAUCUUUCCUUAAAGAGAUCUGAUGGAAGUUGGUAUCAUAUGUAGGAGAGGGGAGUAGAAUUUCACAGAAUCACAGAAUCAUUUAGAUUGGCAAAGACUUUCAAGAUCAUCAAGUCCAACCUUUGACCUAUAAAUUUAGGUGUCUGGGUUGAUACGCAGUCAAACAAGAGUUGUCAAAGCAAUGUUGUAACCAAAAGCGCUAAUCUACCCCUUGAACAAAGAAUCAAGAAAACAGUGAGUUGGAGUAAGGAGGUAAUUUUACUUUGGAAUGCUGCAUCCAGACCUGGCAUCAACAUUUGAAAAGAGUGUUUAAAAAUUGGCAAAGGUAGGGAAAAGAACCACUGAAAUAAUUGAUGAACUGGGGGAAAUAUCUAGUCUUGAUAAAUUUAAAGACCACAGUCUGCUUAGAAUACCUAAAGGAAGACUAAAAUGUGACUGAUAUAGUAAGUCCCUUCAUGGAGAGAAAAUGAUAGGUGCUAGGAGGCCUUUGACCUCGUAGAGAAAGACGUGACAAGAUCCAGUGGCCAGAAGGUGAAGCUGGAUUAAUUAAAACGAUCGUUUAGCUUCAGCUGAAACAGCGAACAUAAUUAGUGAUGGGAGCAAUAGCAAGGGAGGAAGACAAGUGCUCAAUCUCUUGUUGUCAUUGCAACAAAGCUGGCUGGAAGACCAGCUUUAGCUGACCAAAAGUGACUGGGUUCAGGACUGAGCGGGUUACAUCUGCUGCAUCAUGAUUUAUAGGCUGUAUUAGUUUCCAUUUUGUCUGAAACCGUAUUACUUUUUGGGAUGAGACCCAAUGCUGAGAUCUUGAAUUUUUGUUGUUAUUAAAAAAACUAUGGCACUCUUCCUGAGAGCCGUGGUAAACACUGUGGUGUUUUGACCCAGUUUCAGCAUAAGUAAUUAUUUUUUUGCUUACCUAAAACGUCCUACUUCCUCUCUAAAACUGUCCCACAUCUUUAUUGUUUCCUGUUAAAUACAACCUGAGUUCUGUAGAAGAAAAGGCCAUGUUUCAAAGUUGAACAAACGAGACAUGAAAUUCUGUCCCCUCUUAUGGCAUAGCAGACAGGGGCUGCUAAACAGCCCCUGCUCUUGGAGAAGCAGGAAGGAAACCUCUGAAGACUGCGGUCUGCAGGUCUUCAGUCUGUGACCUUUUGAUGCUGUGAAGACCACAGCCUGAAGAAGGAACAGAGGCAUGUGGGUCGUCUUACGAAUGUAGCAAUUUAAAAA